AUGGGGGCACUGAUGUCCAAAGUCCCAGGCAAACUUCCAACCGUGUUCGGAAGAGAGACGACUCACAGCAGAUCCUUCACCCCCAGCGCCAACCCUACACCCAACCCCAACACCGCCGAUGCCCCCGGGUGCGAUGAAGAACAACCGGAGCGGAAAUCAAAAACAAACGCGAAGCUGCAGAAAAACUUUGAAUCAGUGCUUGGUGUUCGCAGAUCCAUCGUCACCCUUGCUGCUACUACUGAUGGAUGGCGUAUGUGUUGCUCAGGGACAGUGGUUGAUCAUGUGAGCAAAAAAACGUGGAUACUAACCUCUGCUACUCUGGUUAGAAAACCUGACACUCAGUUUGAGGUCUAUGGGCAUGACGACAUUAAGGGUGGCGGCAAUGUGCGGCUGAGUGUGCUGUUUGUCCAGUGCGAGGCUCGCCGGUCAGGAGUGCAGAAGGUCAAGAGCAACGCUACUGCAUCUACCGUGCAACAAGAUAAAACUAUGGCAACCGCCAGAGGCGAUGUCGACCAUCGUCCCAUAUACGACCUGGACCCCAAGCUGGACAAAUUCAAGGACCAUUUCAGCUACCGGAUAAAAAGAUUCCUGGACCAGAAAGGCUCCAUUGAGGAAAAUGAGGGAAGUCUUGAAGAAUUUUCUAAAGGUUAG